AUUUUUGACAACUUUGAUUAGAGAUGUUUUAAUGAUUAGAAGAAAUUUAAUACGAAGGAUUUUUACGUGGUUAAGACAUUAAUGAGCUUUACUCUAUGAGUCACUAUUCUUAAUGUAGUAAUUCUUUACAGAAGGUUUACACUAUUUUUUUCGACUCCUUUCUCAAAAUGUAGUUAAGAUAUUUAUCCAAAAUGAGUUGGCCUUAGGUGCGAGCCUAACCCGCUUAUGCUUAUGCUUAGAACCGGCCUUUGAAGUAGUUACCGAUAACUUAAUUAAAACAUACUAAGGUAUGAAACUUUUAUAAUGAUACAUGAUUUCUAACAUUAUCAAAGUAAUCAAAGAGGUUCAGAAAAGAUCUAUUGUGAUUUCUUUUUUAAUUUUAUAUAUAAAAAAUAAAAUAAGUUAAAAAAAUGGUUGUACUUGUCCAAUAAAAAAAAGAAACAAAGAUAGUGAUGAUGUGGGUACUCGAACUAGGGUUCGAUUCUUCUUCUUCUUAAUCAAAUCUUAAAACAAAAUCCGCAGUCUCCUCGAGUCGAUCCCUUCAACUUCAACUCAUCAAAUUUCCCUCCAAAUUCAAUUCUCAACGGCCACCAACCAACCAUGGCCUCGCGCUUUCAGGCCGCCGCCUUAUCUGCCUCGCCUUUCUACCCCAACGCCCUCGCUUGGUCCGACGAUAACCUCAUCGCCGUCGCCUCUGCUCAUCUCGUCACCAUACUCAGUCCUGCAAUGCCUUCUAAACCUCGAGGUCUUAUCACGAUCGAAACCGGCGAGCCUUAUCCAAUCGGUGUUGUUGAUCGUACUGAUUUGUUAUCAGAUACUUUGCUUCCGACUAGUAUAUCUCGUGACAUUCGGCCUUGUGUUCGAUCAAUUUCAUGGUCGCCGCUUGGAUUAUCUCCAAAUUCAGGAUGCUUGCUUGCUGUGUGCACCAUUGAAGGACGUGUUAAGCUAUAUCGUCAACCUUUUUGUGAUUUCUGUGCUGAAUGGAUUGAGGUUAUGGAUAUAUCAGCUAAGCUUUAUGAUUAUCUGGAAAGUACUAGCUAUGGCGAGUUAAAAGCAUCUAUUCCAAAUGAAUCUGAUAAAUUAGAUACAGAGGUAGAUUCUGAUGAAGACUGCUUAAAUGUCAUUUUGAGAAAGCAACGUAAGCGACGGAGAUCGAUUAAGAAUGCGCUGGAGACUGAUACUGGCCAAUUAAAAGAAAGCAAUUGUAUGCAGAUUGUUUCUGUAUCAAAAUCUAAGGCCAAUUCUCUUAAGAAGAUACCCGAAAAGUCCACACUGCCUCUCAUAACUGCUGAUAAAUAUGCCACCCGGAGUGCAAUACUAUCAUCUCUUGUGGUUGCUUGGUCACCAGUGUUGCAGGUUUCACCCAAAAUGUGUGCUAUUCCUCAAAAUGGUUCAUCCAUGUCUUUACUCGCAGUUGGUGGGAAAUCUGGUAAAGUCUCACUUUGGAGAGUUUCUGUACCCGAAUGCUACUCGAUUGAUCUCAGUAGGGUCCCAACAACUGCAACUAUUGUGGGGCUCUUGCAGGCACAUGGUUCAUGGGUUACAGCAAUUAGUUGGGCACUGCUUGAUUCUGAAUCUUCAAAUCCUCUAUUUUUAUUGGUUACUGGAAGUUCUGAUGGGAGUGUCAAGAUAUGGAUGAUUUAUAAUGAGCAAUUGUUGAAGUCAAGCGAAGCUAAUCAUGCUUCCCUUUCCCUGUUGAAAGAGGUUAUAAAUGAUGAUGUCCCAGUUUCAGUAAUUUCACUUACUGUACCUGCUCAGUCCUCAAACAAAAUUUUCUUGGCAGUUGGAAAAGGAUCUGGAAUUUUUGAAGUAUGGAUUUGUGACAUAUCGAAUAGUAAAUAUGAUAAAGUUGGCUCGUAUGAUUCACAUGACAAUAUUGUUACAGGUUUAGCUUGGGCUUUCGAAGGACGUUGUCUGUACAGCUGCAGUCAGGAUAAUUAUGUUCGGUGUUGGAUUUGGAGUAAUGAUGUUCUAUCUGAAGUACCACUUCCUUCCAACACUCCUCGCUUGAGAAGCCCAUCAGAAUUGCAGCUUUCACAUACAUAUGCGUCAUGCUUUGGUGUUGCAGUCUCUCCUGGAAAUCUAGUGAUUGCUAUGAUUCGCAAUUUCGAUGAAGAUUUAUUGGAUCCAAUGUACCAGAAAAGGACUCAAAAGGCUGCUGUUGAGUUCUUCUGGAUUGGUGCACAAGAAGUAUCUGUUUUAUCAAAUAACUCCUCAACCUUCGCUCUUCCUGGUAUUCCCGUAAAGGAGUUGAGUUCUUGGGAGGUCAAUAUUCUGUGGUCUUUGAAACAGUAUGAAUGUCCAAGCAAACCUAUCAUUGUUUGGGAUAUAGUAGCAGGGUUACUGGCUUUUAAGCGCUUUGCAGCAAAGUAUGUAGAACAUAUACUGAUCAAGUGGCUCUCAAUUUCUUAUAUCGGAUCUAAUAAGUACCAUUCUACUGAAAAGAUUUUGUUGCAUAUCCCGAGGAUCUUUUCAAAGCUUUCUUCUCGCCAGCUACACCUGCUGAAUAUUAUUUGUAGAAGGGUUAUGCUAUCAGAGCUGAAAGCUGACCAAAUUAAUAGCAAAUUAGAGAACCUUAAAGAACUAGAUUGCUCAGAUGAGAAACUGAUUAUUUGGAUUAAGCUGCUUUUGAGCAGCGAAAGAGAACUCCGUGAGAGACUUAUAGGUUUGAACUUUUCUACUUGUGUUAGUCUGCUCUCUAAUCCAUCAACCUCACUUUCAUCUCCUCCUGGAAAUCGGUUUCCUGUUGGGUUAGCACAAAUGCAACAAUGGGUUGCGCUUAAUCGUGAUUAUGUACAUGAUCCGUUAAUAGUCCUAGCAUCAGAGGUUCAAAAGCAUGAGAAGAGGCUUCAAUCAAGCAAAAAUGCAACGGAGGAGGAGUGUUGCUAUUGUUCAGCUCCAGUUCCAUUUAAAUCUCCAGAAUUCGCACAUUGCGAAAGUAUCGGUCAGGGACACAAACUAGCUCGUUGUUCUGUUUCUAUGGAGGUUUGUCUUACAAUCCCAACAUGGUUUUGCAUAUGUUGUCACAGAAGAACUUCCACACUACCACCCGAAACUCUUUUCACAUUGCCCGGAUACCCUUCAUUCGAUUUAAAGUCUUCAACGGCCUUGAACAAUGCAUCUCCAAAGCCAUUGUGUCCAUUUUGUGGAAUAGUACUACAAAGACAACUGCCAGAUUUUCUGCUAUCUGCAUCUCCUGUGUAAGUUAUCAUGUUCCCUUACUUUGUUUCAAGUGGGCUCCAACCCAUGCUUUGGGUUAGAAAAGAAAUAAUAUAUAGUAAUACCAAAUUAAUUCCCUUUAUGCAAGAAAAGAUUAAAUAAUAAAAUAGGGUGAAAAAAUGAGAGAACAACAAAUAAUGAUUAAUGAGUUCACAAAUCAGCACCAAAAAAAAAAAGGAUAUGACUUGUGGACAAUUGUAGUAGGUAAGAUCUAUAUGAUCUAUCUGUCUUUAUUAUAUUUUAUUUAUUUAUUAAAUUAAUUAUUUAAGGUCCUAAUUAUGUCACGUGUUGUAUAUGCUUAAUAACCAGGCUGUGUAACAUAUGCCCUUUCAUUAUUGUAAUCUCUGUAUUAAUUACAAAAAUAAUAAACAAUUGAUCAUAUUUUAAUUGA